CUCGACUUUCCAAUUGCAUCGCCGCACAACAUCCUCACUGCGCUUUAGACGCGUGUCAGUAACCAUCAUGGUGUUAAAACUUCAGCAAUUGGCGCCAACGCGCCCGCAGGCGCGAAGUGCACGGGUGGCUGUGCGCAUGCACGCCAACGCCCGCAAUAACCUGGCGAUUGGCUCGCUCAUUAUCGCGGGCGAAGCUGCCGCUGCAGCCGCGGCGGACAUGGCUGGCGCCGCCGACAUCCUAGCCCUUGCAAGUGAGAACCCGGUCCUGGCGAUGGGCGCUGGAGUCGCGGCCAUUGGCACGGCGGUGGCAGCCACGUUUGCCAUGGCCAACAAGGCCACGACGCAACCCACCACCGCACUGCAGGCCUACGAGGCGGCCACCACGGACGAGCGUGCUAUGUUGGUGGACAUUCGGCCCAGGAGCAUGCAGCGGGAGGAGGGCGUCAUCGACACACGCGACACCGGCGCCAAGAGCCCCAUCUCAGUGCCGUACGUGCGGGAGGAGGCCGACGGCGUUCUGACCAUUGACGCCGACUUCGCGGCCAACCUACUGGAGGCUCAGGGCGUGUACGACGACUCCAUUCUUAUACUGGUGGACUCAGACGGCUCGCUGGCGCCCCGGGCGGCGGCGGAUGUGGCCAAGCUGGGGUUGCUGAAGGAAAAGGUGUUCUUCAUGCGGGGCGGUAUGGAAGGGCCGAAAGGGUGGAAGGCAAGCGGCCUGCCCACCAAGCCGUACCGAGCCUUUGAGCUGCCGGGCCUGCCGGAGCUGCCGGCGCUCAUGCCGCAGGUGGAGCUGCCCGCCCUGCCGGAGCUGCCGCGCGCCAUGGAGCUGAAGGCGCUGCCCAACGCCCUGGCUGACAAGGUGCAGGAGGUGCAGUCGCAGGUGCAGGUGCCGGACGUGGACACACGGCUGAUUUACAAUGCAGUGGAGAAGGCGAGCGAAGCCUUCCACGCGCUCAAUGACAAGUACAAGGAGAAUCCCACGCUGGCUAACGGCGUGUUGGUGGGGGCGGGUGUGACGGCGCUGGGCGUCUUUGCGUCCACAGAGCUGGAGGCGCUGGUGGAGGUGGUGGGUGCUCUGGGCCUGGCACGCUUCCUGGUGGGCAACCUGCUGUUUGCCAGGGACCGAGAGGCCACACUGGCGGCUGCGAAGAAGCUACUAGAGGACAGGGACGCGGGUGCGGCGGUGCUGGCCAUGGCCAAGGGAGCCACCGCUGAGCUGGAGAAACUGGCGGCAAUCGUGCGCGAGGCCAAGGACCCCGACACAGCCGCCAAAACUAUCCAGGAGCAGCUGCUCCCUGACGUCCAGGGCGCGAAUCCGGAGGCGCUUGCAUACGCAUUGGCUGCCUCCGGCUUGGAGAUCCCACGCCCUGUAGUCGAGGACAAGGCGGAGGCGGAAACCAAGUCAAAAGCUGACGCGCUGGCAAAGGCACAGCAGGAGGCGGAAGAGGCCGCCAGAAUCAAGGCGGCAGCAGCGGCCAAGGCGAAGGCUGAGGCAGCGGCCAAAGCUCAGGCGGCAGAAGAGGCUCGCCUAGCUGCGGAGGCGGCCGCACAGGCAGAGGCGGAGGCCGUCGCGGUCGCAAAGGCCAAGGCCGAAGCCGCCAAACAGGCGAAAGCCGAUGAGGAGGCACGCGCAGCAGCGAAGGCUUACGCGCAAGCGGAGGAGCAGGCGCGGGUGGCAGCUGAGGCCGCUGCUAGGGCGCAAGCAGAGGAGCAGGCGCGGGUGGCGGCUGAGGCCGCUGCUAGGGCGCAAGCGGAGGAGCAGGCGCGGGUGGCGGCUGAGGCCGCUGCUAGGGCGCAAGCAGAGGAGCAGGCGCGGGUGGCAGCUGAGGCCGCUGCUAGGGCGCAAGCAGAGGAGCAGGCGCGGGUGGCGGCUGAGGCCGCUGCUAAGGCGCAAGCGGAGGAGCAGGCGCGGGUGGUGGCUGAGGCCGCUGCUAGGGCGCAAGCAGAGGAGCAGGCGCGGGCUUUACUGGCGGCUGAGGCCGCUGCUAGGGCGCAAGCAGAGGAGCAGGCGCGGGUGGCGGCUGAGGCCGCUGCUAAGGCGCAAGCAGAGGAGCAGGCGCGGGUGGCUGCUGAGGCCGCUGCUAGGGCGCAAGCAGAGGAGCAGGCGCGGGUGGCGGCUGAGGCCGCUGCUAAGGCGCAAGCAGAGGAGCAGGCGCGGGUGGCGGCUGAGGCCGCUGCUAGGGCGCAAGCAGAGGAGCAGGCGCGGGUGGCGGCUGAGGCCGCUGCUAAGGCGCAAGCAGAGGAGCAGGCGCGGGUGGCGGCUGAGGCCGCUGCUAAGGCGCAAGCAGAGGAGCAGGCGCGGGUGGCGGCUGAGGCCGCUGCUAAGGCGCAAGCAGAGGAGCAGGCGCGGGUGGCUGCUGAGGCCGCUGCUAGGGCGCAAGCAGAGGAGCAGGCGCGGGUGGCGGCUGAGGCCGCUGCUAAGGCGCAAGCAGAGGAGCAGGCGCGGGUGGCGGCUGAGGCCGCUGCUAGGGCGCAAGCAGAGGAGCAGGCGCGGGUGGCAGCUGAGGCCGCUGCUAGGGCGCAAGCAGAGGAGCAGGCGCGGGCUUUACUGGCGGCUGAGGCCGCUGCUAGGGCGCAAGCAGAGGAGCAGGCGCGGGUGGCAGCUGAGGCCGCUGCUAGGGCGCAAGCAGAGGAGCAGGCGCGGGUGGCGGCUGAGGCCGCUGCUAGGGCGCAAGCGGAGGAGCAGGCGCGGGUGGCGGCUGAGGCCGCUGCUAAGGCGCAAGCAGAGGAGCAGGCGCGGGUGGCGGCUGAGGCCGCUGCUAAGGCGCAAGCAGAGGAGCAGGCGCGGGUGGCGGCUGAGGCCGCUGCUAGGGCGCAAGCGGAGGAGCAGGCGCGGGUGGUGGCUGAGGCCGCUGCUAAGGCGCAAGCAGAGGAGCAGGCGCGGGUGGUGGCUGAGGCCGCUGCUGGGGCGCAAGCAGAGGAGCAGGCGCGGGUGGCUGCUGAGGCCGCUGCUAGGGCGCAAGCCGAGGAGCAGGCGCGGGCUUUACUGGCGGCCGCCGAUGAGGCACGGGCGGAGGAGGAGCUGCGGGUGGCCGUACUUGCGGCACAAGCUGCUGCUGAGGCCAAGGCACGCGCGGUGGAGGGGGCGCGCGCAGCGCUUGAAGCCAAGGCCCGUGCUGAGGGGUCGAUUGCUUCCGCGAUUUCGGAGGAAGGGUCGGUUGCUCCUGCCAAGCGGAUGGGCAAGAAGGAGCGCGCGGCCAUGAAGGCGAAGGCGAAGGCUGAGCGGGACGCACAGGCACGUGUUGACGAGGCGGCUCGGGUGCUCGCAGAGGCCGAGACGAGGGCGGAGGUGGCAGCGGCGGCUGAGUCGAAGGCGCUCGCAGCGCUGGCGUCGGUGCAGGCGCGGCGUGCUGAGUCCCAGGCAGAGGCCAUUAGCGCGUCGGCAUAGAAGUUCUUGGCUUGUAGACUGAAGGCCUAUACAUUAUAGCUUCAUGAGAUGUUAGCAAAGGAACAAAGACAGAUAAUUUGCAUUUGCUGGUUGGUACUUGUAGCUGGGGCCUGCUGGGGUCUUAAAACCCCCCCUCGCCUGCGUUAGUCCUAGGUUGGUUGAGGCUUUGUGUGCGACCACGUUCAUUGACGUACAACGCCGACCUAUCGUGCGCGUGUGAUCAGCAUGAGCGCUGAAUGUAGUGGUUGGUGGUCCGUGCAGAGGGAGACGCACUGGAGUGCGUAAGCAACCCGGGUCAUGCAGUAGUGGCCAGCGCGUGGCAACAUCAGCGUUUUUGCACAAGUUGCAGCAGUUGUCAGUAGUAGUAGACGUUCAGGCGCAGCCGGUGUAGGACGUAUUUAGGUGGCAUUUGCUGUAGAUACAUCGCAUCGGAGUUUUGAACUCUGAUGUCACAAGAAAGCUCACGCCGGGACGCGCAGGGCGUGAGCGCUUUGCAUCCACUGGGCGGCUGAUGGCUCAGGCAGCGCAUGUGAUUUCCGCCAUGCGCAGCGCUAGAUCAAUGACACACUGACAAGCCGUCACACAGACGCUACGGUUGGCGGACUACAAGCCCCAACCACUGCAACAGCGGGUGUGUCUGUGUGGUGCUUCGCCUAGCCGG